AUGUCUGACCACGAAGCUCCAGUUGAAGUUCAAGAAGAAGACUUUGAAGUCGUUCAAGAAUUCGUUCCAGUCAAGUUGGCAACUGCUAUUCCAGAGGAAGUCCAACUAGCUCAACAAGAGAUCAAGUUGUUUAACAAAUGGUCCUUCGAGGAAAUCGAAGUCAAGGAUCCAUCUCUAGUUGACUACAUUCAAAUCAGACAACCAAUUUUUGUCUCUCACACUGCUGGUAGAUACGCCAGUAAGAGAUUCAGAAAAGCCCAAUGUCCUAUUAUUGAGAGAUUAACCAACUCUUUGAUGAUGAACGGUAGAAACAACGGUAAGAAGUUGAAGGCUGUUAGAAUUGUCAAGCAUACCUUGGAAAUCAUUAACGUUUUGACCGACCAGAACCCAUUGCAAGUCGUUGUAGACGCUAUCAUGAACUCUGGUCCAAGAGAAGAUACCACCAGAGUCGGUGGUGGUGGUGCUGCGAGAAGACAAGCCGUCGAUGUCUCCCCAUUGAGAAGAGUCAACCAAGCUAUUGCUUUGUUAACCAUUGGCGCCAGAGAAGCUUCCUUCAGAAACAUCAAGACUAUUGCUGAAACAUUGGCCGAAGAAUUGAUCAACGCUGCUAAGGGUUCUUCCACCUCCUACGCUAUUAAGAAGAAGGAUGAAUUGGAAAGAGUCGCCAAGUCCAACCGUUAA